GGAUUUUGUAGGGUUUUCAGCUUUCUGCUCAGGAUUGAAAGGAUUGCCUUGAUCAAGAAAGCGGUUCAAGACUUGAGCCAAUUGAGGGGAAGGGGCGGCAAACCUUCGAGCAGAGCCCAAGGCUAAAGGUUGAAGCGCUUGGAACCCAUUGAAGCAUCAGAACUGAUAGAAGAAGCGAUUGAUUGUCCUGACACUGCUUUGUCAUAACCCCUUGUGAGAUGGGGGCUGGCCGCAGUACGUCCAACAGUACGUCCAACAGUACGUACAACUGCAGUGGUCUUGCACUUUGAGGACGGAAGCUUAUGCUGAAUUGUGAAUCAUUCGGAGGCAAGUGUCCCUCACAGUGACGGAAGAACUCGAAAGUCGACGUUGGCGAUACAUCAAAGUCUAGUGAGGCGCUAUGGCUUCCGCUGACAGGGAGGGAGCCACCGGGCUGGGUGAUCUUCCAGAAGCAUGCAUCUCGGCAAUCCUGAGCUGCAUGCAGUCUGCGCAGGACGUCCUGCGUGCCAGCUCUGUGAACUCCACUUUCGCUGCUGCCGCCGCCUCGAAUGCUGUUUGGCAAGCCCUGCUUCCAGCUGGCUCUGAGGAGGCAAUUGAGCGCGCGCUGUGGGACAGGCUGUCCCCUUACGAUACUAAUGUAGCGCAUGCUUCUUCCCAGCCUCUCCAGCAGCCGGCCGUGCAUCAAAUUAUGGGGCAUCUGAUUGCCGGGGUGCAGCCGGGAGGGGUGCCCGGGGGAAGGGGCAGGUUCCGGGGCAGGCCCCUCCUUCUUGUGCCCAACCCUCUCUCAGCAGCCGGACGGCGCGAUGCAGAUGCUAGCAUCGCACCAAACAGCCGUCUGGCCAAUGAGACGGUUAGUGCAGGCCAGCACGAUGUGGUUGGCCCAGGCACAAUUGCCGGCUCUGCGUCACAAGGGGAGGAAUGGCAGGAAGCGACGGCGGAUCUCGGUCCUCCAGAGACCCCAAAGAAGAUGUUUCAGAGGCUUGCGAGAGGGCUGUUAGUUGGAGAGGGCGGCCUUGAAAGUUUCAGGGCUGACGUCGGCUCCGGGGGGGUCGAAAGGAUGUUCUCAGUCCUGGGGGCACAUAUCACCUGGGGCUCAGACACACGGUACUGGCAACGAGCCCCUGAGCAUGGCUCUCUUUUCGGCGCGUCGAUGUUUCUGAAAAGUGUGUGCUGGCUGGAGGUGCGUCUUCAGCGGCGCCUGACCUUGCCUCCUGGAGACUACACCGUCCUUUGGCGUCUGGCGAUUCGCCAGCCCGGCCCCUGGGUCCAUCCAGUGCAAUUUUCUGUGACCACCGGAGACGGUGUCAUACUAACCAAACCCCAGUCGUUUGCUUAUGGGGACUAUCCAGUGAGGCCCGCGGACACCCACCAGUGGACUGAGCUGGAAGUGGGGGUGAUCUCUGUGAGGCAAGAGGGGGAAUUGGCCGACGAGGACCCAAGGGGGGGCAGUGGGAGGAGUCAAAGCAGAGGGGUGGAAGUCGAGCUGGACUGCAUCAUUCGGGAGAUCGAAGGCGGGCAUUGGAAGUCAGGCCUAGACCUAGAUUGCUUGAUCAUCAGACCUAGAAGGACUCAGCAGUCGGUCCGCUCGUCUGAGGCUGGCGGACUUCGCUCUUUCACUGCCAAUGCACCUGACCCUCUGGCGGAGCUGGCAGAGACGGCUGCCAACAUGGGCGCCCGAUUGAUGAGAUGGAUUAGGCGACAAUGAUACCACACGGCUCAUGUGUAUCUUUAACAAGAUCUUAGGUCAGGGACGUGGAAGCAACUCUGAUAAGGACUAUCACUAGCGGUGUACAUAUGAUUCUUGCCUUACUCCCAUUGAUUGACUUGAGUGAAUGUCAAAUGUAUCAUAACUCUGAAAAGCUGUAGGACAGUGAGCCUUAAUUAUACAACUGUGCAUAUUAGCAAAACCAUUCAUCACUUAUUUGGACAUGUGGCCGUUAACUUUUAGGAUCUUGCAAAACCAUACACUAGCCAUUCAAUUAGCAAGUCAAAGUCCGUCUCUGUUAUACAUCCUAUAUAAACCAUGAGCUUAGAACUCCCACCGCUCGUAAGCUGGGCCGGCUACAC